AAGUCCGGGCAGUCGGCCCAGAGAAAAGCUGAGGGUAUAGGGAGCGCCCAGACCUUGAGGUUGCACGCUCGCUUUCGUGUACAGCGUUCUGCUUCUUUCCCGAGCGGCAACAACCAGCGGCUGGAAAUUCACCAUGUCUGUUCUGAAGCUGCAUGCCCGAGAGAUCUUCGACUCCCGUGGAAAUCCCACUGUUGAGGUGGAUCUCUGCACCUCAAAAGGUCUCUUUAGAGCUGCUGUGCCCAGUGGUGCCUCGACUGGUAUCUACGAGGCUCUGGAGCUCCGGGACAAUGACAAGACACGCUACCUGGGGAAGGGUGUCUCAAAGGCUGUUGAGCACAUCAAUAAAACUAUUGCGCCUGCCCUGAUUGGCAAGAAACUGAGUGUGGUGGAGCAGGAGAAGAUCGACAAGCUGAUGAUCGAGAUGGACGGCACGGAAAACAAAUCUAAAUUUGGUGCGAACGCCAUUCUGGGAGUGUCCCUGGCCGUCUGCAAGGCUGGGGCUGUUGAGAAGGGGGUGCCCCUGUACCGCCACAUUGCUGACCUGGCUGGCAAUGCCGAGGUCAUCCUGCCAGUUCCGGCUUUCAAUGUCAUCAACGGUGGUUCCCACGCUGGCAACAAGCUGGCCAUGCAGGAGUUCAUGAUCCUCCCCGUCGGCGCCGCAAACUUCAAGGAAGCCAUGCGCAUUGGGGCGGAGGUUUACCACAACCUGAAGAACGUCAUCAAGGAGAAAUACGGGAAAGACGCCACCAAUGUGGGGGAUGAAGGCGGGUUUGCUCCCAAUAUCCUGGAGAAUAAAGAAGCCCUGGAGCUGCUGAAGAAUGCCAUCGGCAAAGCUGGCUACACCGACAAGAUUGUCAUUGGCAUGGAUGUAGCUGCUUCUGAGUUCUACAGGUCAGGAAAGUAUGACCUGGACUUCAAGUCGCCCGAUGACCCCAGCAGGUACAUCAGCCCGGACGAGCUGGCUAACCUGUACAUGUCCUUCAUCAAGGACUACCCCGUGGUGUCCAUUGAGGACCCCUUCGACCAGGACGACUGGGGAGCGUGGAGCAAGUUCACUGCCAGCGCGGGCAUCCAGGUGGUGGGGGACGAUCUCACGGUGACCAACCCGAAGCGGAUCGCCAAGGCCGUGAACGAGAAGUCGUGCAACUGCCUCCUGCUCAAAGUGAACCAGAUCGGCUCCGUUACCGAGUCUCUGCAGGCGUGCAAGCUGGCCCAGUCCAAUGGCUGGGGCGUCAUGGUGUCCCAUCGCUCCGGGGAGACUGAGGACACCUUCAUCGCCGACCUGGUGGUGGGGCUUUGCACUGGGCAGAUCAAGACUGGUGCACCUUGCCGAUCCGAGCGCUUGGCCAAGUACAACCAGCUCCUCAGAAUUGAAGAGGAACUGGGCAGCAAGGCCAAGUUUGCCGGCAGGAACUUCAGAAACCCCCUCGCCAAGUAAGCUGUGGGCUGGCGAGCCUGGAGCCCUGCAGUCGCUCGUCGGCUAAGUAGACCUCUGCUCCUGACGUCUGCACGGGCAGCUCCAAGCCCCCGCCAACCCUUGCAGGGGCCUCUGGUCGCCAACCACCCUGCCCCCUCCCUGUGGCGUUGUCACUGCUUCCUUAGAACUGCUGCAAAGCCCAGGCUCGGCCGUCGGGAACCCUGGUGGAAACCCUAGCCCUGUAGUCACACGAUUAGCCCAAAUCAUUGUUUUUCUCACCUCACUUCUCAAGUGUCUGGAGCCGAGUGUAUCUGUGUUGUAAUCUGUGAGGUGCCCACAGGGAGAUCCCCAGUGGUUUUGUGUGAAUAAAAAGGCUUCAGUGUCCUGUA